GGGCAUGAUAAACAACUGAUCAUCUGUUUACCCCUUCCAAAUUAAUCCGGAAAUCUGAGCAAAAGAUGGCGGAGCCAAUCAGCUUUUAGCGUAUACGAUGGCAACACUCUUCCAAGACGCACACUGAACAGGAUGUUCAAGUUCAAAUAAAGGUGGCCAUGUAAAAAUGAAUUCAGCCUCUCAACAGACUAAAAAUAUCAGGAAGCGAUUAGGAAUCAGGAUACAAAGACUAGGACUUUCUAUCCUACCUUUAUCCGCAAUUUUUGUUUUCUUUUGAACAUUUCACAAACAAGGAUGGCGUGUCAAAGGAUACUCCUACUCGCUAAAAAUGGCUAGAUAAACAAAGAGUCAAAGAACGACAAAUGGUGAGUCAGGGCGUGCCAAAUGAAAAGUAAAAUAUGUAACAAAGAAGUUUUAAAUAAGAAUUGAUAAAUUACACUGAAAUCUUCAAACAAUAUACGAAAAAUCCAUACAGUAAAGAUAAAACGGCAAUAUAGGUGCUGUCUGAACGUCCAACAAAUGAUAUCAAAUGACAAAGACAAAUAUUAAAACAGCUGAUUAUUGAACUUGUCAUAUUAUAUUUGUUUAUUUGAUUGCUUAUGGUUUUCCAGAAUUAGGAUCAUAAUCUCAUUUGAUUUCGUCACAAAUGGUCACAAAGGGUGAAAUUAGUGAAAUAUCGAGUGCAUUUUUAUUAAAUUUUUCAAAUGACAGAAAGUCUAGGUUGACAAACUCUUCCUAAAAUUAUGGCAGGCAUUCCUUGUGCAGGUUUUACUUUUUAUAAUGAAUUUGAUUCCGCAAAUUUGGCCAAAGUAGAACAUGUCCCAGGCUCAGCCCAUGACAUUGCCUCAAAACAUCCUAAAAAUGCUUUGGUACAGGAGAUUAUUGAUGCUGAGUUUAAUCUUUGGACAAAACCUGACUGUUAUGGCACUGAAUUUGAGAAUGGGAAUAGGACUUGGUUUUACUUUGGUGUAAAAGCUCCAGGCCCUGCCAUGUUAGUAAAAUUCAACAUUGUCGAUUUAAAUCGACAAGGAAAAAUGUACAGUCAAGGAAUGGCUCCUGUAUAUAGAAUAAUACCAGGCAAACCAAGAUGGGAAAGGAUAUUCGACAAACCCACACAUUGUCUUAAUGACGACAUCUUCACCCUCAGUUUUAAAUUUCGAACCCCUGAUAAUGUAGAUAGCGUAGUAUAUUUUGCGUUUACCUACCCUUUUUCGGUAACAGAGCUAGAAAAGAUGUUGACCAACGUAGAUAGCAAGUAUCUACAUGUCAAACACGUAGCCGAUGAUGAUGUAUACUACGUUAGAGAAACUGUUUGUCAUUCUUGUGAUGGAAAACCCAUAGAUCUAAUAACUAUAUCGUCAUACCAUGGGAUUUCAAAAGAAAGGGAAGAGAAAUUAAAAAAUUUGUUCAAUAAAAGUACAGUUCCUAGGCCAUAUAAAUUUCCUGGAAAAAAGGUAAUAUUCGUAUCUGCCAGAGUUCACCCAGGCGAGACCCCUUCUAGCUUCGUAUUUAAUGGUCUGUUGAGUAUGCUGUUAAGUAAAGACGAUUUGAUAGCUCAGACUUUACGUAAAAUAUACGUAUUCAAACUGAUACCAUUUCUAAAUCCGGAUGGCGUCUCGAGAGGUCAUUAUAGAACUGAUAGUCGAGGGGUGAAUUUAAAUAGGGUUUAUCUCAAUCCUAGUUUAACUGAUCAUCCGUCUGUAUACGCUGCUAGGGCUUUAAUAAGAUUUUACCAUUUUGGCUACGAAAAAGACGACUAUAUCCCCAAAUGUGAUAAUUGCAAAACACGUUUGCCAAGUUCCCAAUCAGACGGAACAGAAAACCAAGUUAAAGACGAUGCCAUACGAAAAAAAGUCUCUCGAAUAUCUUUAAACGAAGACAAUAGCCCUCAAACGUGGUGCACAAAAUGUAAGACUAAUAUAAUUAAAUUGGAAGAUACCAUGCCUGGAAUAUCUAGCAUUAUUCCUACUUUCAACUUAAAUACUGCGUUAGGGCACAAUUUUUGUAGAAACUGCGGAACACAGCUACAACACACGCCGAGUAAAGAAGAAGUACAGUUCGAGAAGGUAGUGGUAGGAGCCCAUGGUGAUAUAAAUUCGAACGAAUCCGGCCUCUUUAUGUACAUUGAUUUGCACGGGCACGCGUCGAAGAAAGGUAUCUUUAUGUAUGGCAACCAUUUCGACGAUAUUGAAAGGAACGUGGAAUGCAUGUUGUUACCCAAGUUGAUGAGUAUGAAUAACCACAAUUUCCACUUUCAUGCGUGUAAUUUUACGGAGAGAAAUAUGUACCUGAAGGAUAAAAGAGAUGGAAUGAGUAGAGCUGGUUCUGGUAGAGUGGCUGUGUUAUCGUUGACUGGAAUUAUUAAAAGUUAUACUCUGGAAUGUAAUUACAAUACUGGCAGACUGGUUAACAUUCUACCUCCUACAAUAAGGGAACCUCAUGGAAGAAUGCACACCAUUCCUGUACCACCCAAGUAUACACCACAAAUAUUUGAAGAGGUGGGCAGGUCACUGGGUGCUUCGAUCCUAGACCUCACCGGUAACAAUCCUUUCACAAGACUGCCAAACUCAGAAUUUCACAGCUUGUCCGGCCUCAGAGAUUGGCUGCGAACAAUGUCUCGAGAACUGAACGAAACUCGGCCGAAGAAGGGCAAGAUCGGCGGCAGCUUAACUCAGGCUAAAUCGACACGUACCAUCUUCAAGAACAGAACUUCGAUACCCAAACCAAUCCCGAAAAAACCAAAGUCCAGAAGCGCACCAAUACCUCUGGAUAGAAAAGAAAACCUCGCCCAACCCAGUUCCUCAAAGUCGGGAAUAAAAGUCAACAAACAACCUUUCAAAGCAAAAACCAGGAAAGAGCUAACUUUAAAGUCGAAAAAUUCCACAGAAAAAGUAAAACCCAUCAAUAAAGGAACCAAGAAACCAGCAGGGAUAGAGGCGAGUAACCGUUCUAAGGGUAAACUAGAAACUAGCACCCAAACCACUACACCUGUCCCAUCAGAGAAGAACAAAGAGGAAGGCGUGCACCUGAGGGAGAUUUGCUUCAUAAACAACAGCGAGGGCAAAGCAGUUAUAGCCAAAUAUGAAAAUAACGACAAAUUCGACGACAGCCUCGUUGUAGCAUGGGAGAAAAACUCCACCCACCCCCAACUGUACACCCGAAAAGCUCGUGUCUUCUCAGCUCCACCCUACCAUCUCCCCAACAAGUCCUUUUCUGAGCCGGGUACCAGCAAACAAGGAGGUGGUUGUUUUAGGGUACACAAUUUCGCCAAAACUAAAGCUAGAAGAAAUUUAAGGCGGUUGGCCAGUGCCGCUGAUAUUCUGGGAAAGGUCGAUAAAAAGAAGAAGAAGAAAUUGAAGGCUAAGUAGAAACAUAUUGUAAAUGGACUAAUUUGUAAUUUAGAAUGACUGUCUCGAAACAAUUUUCAUUAUAUACUGUAAAAAUAAAUGGAUAUCGGUAUGGG